GGGAAUCCGGAGCCCAGCGCGGACUAGCGAAGACUUCCGUAGCUCCGUAAGUUACUGGGAGUCCUGUGGGUAUUUUUUCCUGGGCUCCGUCAUGCCGGCGGUGCUAGGUUUUGAAGGCAGCGCCAACAAGAUUGGUGUGGGAGUGGUGCGAGAUGGCAAGGUGCUAGCGAACCCGCGGCGAACUUACGUCACACCUCCGGGCACAGGAUUCCUUCCAGGUGAUACUGCCAGGCACCACCGAGCUGUUGUCCUAGACCUGCUACAGGAAGCACUAACAGAGGCUGGAUUAACUUCCCAGGAUGUUGAUUGCAUUGCCUAUACCAAAGGACCUGGCAUGGGUGCCCCACUGGCUUCUGUGGCUGUUGUGGCCCGUACUGUGGCCCAACUGUGGAAUAAACCAUUGCUAGGUGUAAACCACUGCAUAGGCCACAUUGAGAUGGGUCGUCUCAUCACCGGAGCCAUCAGCCCCACUGUGUUGUAUGUCAGUGGAGGGAAUACUCAGGUGAUUGCAUACUCAGAACAUCGUUACCGCAUCUUUGGGGAAACCAUUGAUAUUGCUGUGGGUAAUUGUCUGGAUCGUUUUGCCCGAGUGCUGAAGAUUUCCAAUGACCCAAGUCCAGGCUACAACAUUGAACAGAUGGCAAAGCGAGGCAAGAAGCUAGUUGAGUUGCCAUACACUGUAAAAGGGAUGGACGUCUCAUUCUCAGGCAUCCUGUCUUUCAUCGAGGAUAUAGCCCAGCGGAUGCUCGCCACAGGGGAGUGUACUCCUGAGGAUCUGUGUUUCUCCCUGCAGGAAACUGUGUUUGCAAUGCUGGUAGAGAUCACAGAGCGAGCCAUGGCGCACUGUGGCUCCCAGGAGGCCCUCAUUGUGGGAGGUGUGGGGUGUAAUAUAAGGCUACAGGAGAUGAUGGAGACAAUGUGCCAGGAACGGGGAGCCCGGCUUUUUGCCACGGAUGAAAGAUUCUGCAUUGACAAUGGAGCCAUGAUAGCCCAGGCCGGCUGGGAGAUGUUUCAGGCUGGACACAGGACCCCCCUCAGUGAUUCUGGUAUCACACAGAGGUAUCGGACAGAUGAAGUAGAAGUGACCUGGAGGGACUAACAAGAUUAACAAUAUUUAGUUCCCUAAGUGGAUGGAGCCCAAGAACCCUGGGCUAAAUCUGUGUCCUGAUGUGGAAGUCCUAGCAAAGAUAUAGACUCCAAGAAAGGCUUGAGGUCCCUUUUGGAAACCCAAGAUGACUCAGCAAUAAAAUAUUUUUGGUUUUGUAUUUUGGUAAUUGGAUCGUGUUGGACCAGGAUAGAGUGGGCGUUGAGUAAGUUCUUGAUGUGAAUGGGUAAGGAGACAGAGGACAGGGCAGCACCCUGGCUGACCAUUUAGGUAACUUUGGAGACUGCUGCUCAGGAGCCAAGAAUGAGAGGAAAUGUAACUUCUCCUUAACAAUUGUAUUACACAAGUAAUAUUUUAGUAUCAGGCCGUAUCCUAACUGCUUUGUAUUCAUCAUCUCAUUUAAAUUAUUUGAAGUAGGUACUCAGGACUUCUUUCAAAAUACCCUGGAGAUAGAUCUGAUUAUAAUUCAAGAAUAAAACUGCUGGGCAACGCCUGUGGCUCAGUGAGUAGGGCACCAGCCCCAAAUACCGAGGGUGGUGGGUUUGAACCCAGCCCAGCCAAGCUGCAACAAAAAAAUAGCCGGGUGUUGUGGCGGGCGCCUGUAGUCCCAGCUACUCGGGAGACUGAGGCAGGAGAAUCGCCUAAGCCCAGGAGUUGGAGGUUGCUGUGAGCUGUGACAUCACAGCACUCUACUGAGGGCAACAAAAUGAAACUCUGUCUCUAAAAAAAAAAAAAAAAAAGAAUAA